AUGGGAGGCAUCCAUAUGGUAGAGUCCGAGUCCAGUGCAUGGACUGCAGUCAGCAGUUCGGCCAAGAGGCAUCCGCAGUACAACUCGACGGGCGACGUCGAUAACGACGUGGCUGUUAUCUUCCUGCCCGGGAAAGCCCCUCUGAGCGAGUACAUCAAGCUGGUGGCCUUACCUUCUUUUGCUGAGAUCAACGAAACCUUCGUGGGACAAAAUGCUCUGGGUGACAGCGGCGGGGCACUUGUUCUCAAGACGGCAACAGGCUACAAGCAGAUCGGCGUGUCGAGCUUUGGGUCACCUGGGGGAUGCCACACACCGACGCCAACUGCUUUCGCCAGGGUGACCUCCUUUCUCGACUGGAUCACCAAAACUGCCGAAAUCAGUGUUUAG